CAGAAUAUGGAGGAGGGUCCUUGUGGUGCAGUGUCAAUGAGACUCCACAAAUGGAUCAGGAACUUUGUUACAGUUGCUACUUGGGGCCCGUACUUGUUCAACUUUACACGACAAACUGGCUUUUUGUCGAUGGCCACUUUCAAUGCUAUGACAGACUGA